UGGGCAGCGGGAGCGCGCCACUCUCCACCCGGAACGCGCGGCGAGACGGGCUGGGCUAGCAGAUUUGACCUUCCAUGUUCUUGUGCUUUCACAAGAGUCUGUCUCUUCCAGAGUUCAUUCCCGCAGAGCCCAGAAUCUUGAGUUGCGUCCACGAUGAGCAGCAUGACUCAGAAUAUACGGGAGCUGAUGAAGGUCUUGUUCAGAGUUCCCGGUUUUGAUAGAGUUUUGGAAAAGGUGACACUUGUCUCUGCUGCUCCUGAAAAAUUAGUUUGUGAAAUGAAAGUGGAAGAACAGCAUGCUAAUAAGUUCGGUACUCUCCAUGGAGGCUUGACAGCAACCUUAAUAGAUAGCAUAUCAACUGUGGCUCUGAUGUGCACAGAAAGAGGAGCACCUGGAGUCAGUGUUGACAUGAACAUAACGUACAUGUCACCUGCUAAAAUAGGAGAAGAAAUAGUGAUCACAGCACAUAUUCUGAAGCAAGGAAAAACACUUGCAUUUGCCUCGGUGGAUCUGACCAACAAGACCACAGGAAAGUUAAUAGCACAAGGCAGACACACAAAACACCUGGGGAACUGAGGGACCAGCAGGGUGACCGGAAAAAGCCCAAUAACAAUUAAGAGUAUGAUUUGUAAACAACCUUCUGAAAAUAAAUAUUUAAACCAGAAGUAA